GCCUCUUCACACUCACUGAACGAAAAGAUUGGCUCUGAAAUAACUGCGACAGCACGCCACUAAUUCUUUGAUACCUUUUUAUUUAUGCUUUCCUCCAUGUUGCACACUGCAUUGAGCAUCGUUCAUAUAUUCCAAUAACCGAAUUCCUUAUCUAAACAUCGGAGACAGAAUUGGUGGGCGCGUUUUUGCCAGUUUCUUGGAUUAGAGUGUGUGAGCGAGAAAAAAACAUGGCGUCGGCUGGCUAGGCGCAUUCUGGUGUUGUUUGUGCUCGUGGUUUUAUUGGCGUUUUUGGUGGCUGGUGUUGCUAGAAUGAAGCGGAUUGGUUGCAAUUGAAGUGAAAUGUAUCAAUGUAAAGCGAACUAAAUAGGCUUCAUCGUUUAACCAUAUCACACGCGCUUUUGGUGUUGUAUGUGAGCAUCGGUCAAUCACUUUUGGGCGGGCAUUUUUUUAUCAAUAACAACAUCACUACUUGAGCGGAUGUUGUACUUGUGUGUGGGUGUCAGCUUUAGUGCACGCAGCACGUUCUUCCGGACUUCGAUUGUGCUUUUUUCUUGUAUGAAGAAGACCUCCACCGGGAGAGUAGAAUGCCCAUGCUAGAAGCGCAAGGAAUAAAGCAAUGUCAAGCUCAGUGUUCAAAGUGUACGCCUCUUCCAGCCGCGAUGGGUUCGAGAGUGAUGCCGGUUCCAGCGGCGGUAUUGGCGCGAAGGAACGUGAUGUAAGCGAUUCCUGUGCUGUUCACGAAGAUCUGAAAAUCGAUUCAAAUUUGGUCAUUUUGGUCAACAAGGAUGGAUCCGUAUCGGUAGAUCAAAGCACUCUCCAGAGCCUGCUAGCCAAUGAAACAAAUGAUACAUCGGUGAGCGUGGUGCGGAUAUCCUCCCCAACGCCAAGCAUUGAGGAGGAAAUCGAAGAAGAACAGCGACUGCGUAAGGAAGAGAAACAGCAAAUGGAUGCUGAUGCUGGCAGCUCUAAUGAAGAUUCGAACGAGGACAGUAAUUCCGUCGCUGGUACCAGCUCCGCUACGUCGAGCGUCGCCGGAGUAGCACCCCGGCGAGGGCGAUCUACAGCUAAGAAAAGCUUGAGCACGAUGCUGCUGGGAGACGACGAUGAUCCAAAGCACGUUAGUUUGACGGUGGAAGCUUAUUACCCCCCAAAGGAGGCGUCAAAUUUUGCCGCCCAAGUGCUCAGCUUAACUGGCUACGAGCAUCCUCUACGCAAGGAGGCAGUUGACAUCGAAUACUUGAAGCUACUCGUUUCAAACGAUCAUUGCUAUACGCCACUUUCUUCGCCGACACAAAAAUUGCCCCCAAGAACGUUGCUGGAUGAUGCCGAUUCGUCCGAAGAAUGCACUGUCACUACGGCCAGCAAACCUAAGAUCGAUGGCAGUUUUGUGAGUCAAUCAGUCAGUGGAAAGGGUGUCGAUGUGCGUAAACCAUCCAGCGUGAAGGUAAUCAAAGUUGGCCCUGUGGCGGUAUCAGCAGCCGGCUCGACACCUCAGAACAAAUUGAAAAAAUCGACGUCAGCUGUAGGAGUUACGCCGCCGGAGCAGAAAAAGGUAACCAAGCCCACUAAACCUGUUGGAAAGCCAGCUCAUGAUGUUGAUGACGAAGAAGAGGAGGAUGACGACUUCGAUUCGGAGUAUUCCGACGAAGAGUCUUCAUUCUCGGAAGAAGAUGAUGAGAUGGAUGCAGACUUUAGUGUCAGUGGACGUUCGACGAGCAAGAAACGAAAGCAAACAGCAAAGAGUAAGGUUUCGCCGAAAACGAUGCCACGAGCGCAGUAUAAAAAAUCUGACUUAAAAGAGCUAAAUGAGUCCAUGACCAAGGAAGGCGAUAAGCAUAAACAGGGAAAGGUAAUCGUAAAAUCGGCAACGCCAGUAGUUGUGAAAACACCUUCACAAAAAUCUACCAUCGUUAAAGUGGAGCCCAGUGUUAAGGGAUUGCCUGUGAAGAAAGAUGCUGUAAGGAUUCACUCUAGUUCCUCGUCCUCGUCUGGAUCAACGACACCGACACUGGUUAGCAGCAACAAACAACUGCCGCAUGGAGCUGUCUCUGGAAAGAUUCAAACUAAACUGGAUUCUAGCAUGCCCAAACAGCCGGCAGCUUCUGUCGCGGCAGCAGUCGCGUCGCUUGCCGCAGCUAGUGUACCGGUUGCCAAGAAAGAAAAGAAACCCAAAACCAAUCCACACGAUGCCGCAUUAUUUAGCGAUAUGUCUGCACUAUUUUCUACACCAGAUAUAAUCAAAAAAGUUAAUGCUAACAAACCGUCAACCCCUAGUAGCAUUUCCUCAGCAAAUACUAGUACGAGUAACGUUUUGCCCGUUACCACCACCACCACUAGUUUAACAACAGUAAAAGGACCUGCUCAUUCAACGAUGAAAACUACCGAACAGAAACAACCAGUAAUGCAGAUACAAGCGCCAGCAUCGGCUACCCUUACGCAUCCUAGCACAGAGCAAAGAUUGGAUCUGAUUGAUGCAAUCGUACAAGAAGAUUUACGACAACCAGUAACUGUUACACCCGUCACUGAAUCUUUAGGCUCCGCACAGACGACGAAUGCACAACCAGCCGAAAUUCCAAACAUUGUAAAAAUGUUAGAAACAACGUCCAAUACAGUGGACACAGUGCGUGCGGGAGCCAUGACGGCUAUGCUUCCCGAGGUGAAAGCUAUUCAGCCAGUGGCACCGGCCGUGGACAUCUUACCCGAUACCAGCAUCCUGGAGGCGCUGACCAGUAACGAUGAUGCCUUGCCGGAAGAAUUGCUCGAGCAUGUGGCGGAGUUGGCGAAAAACAAGGAACUGCAGGAAAUACUCGAUAAGCAGGUGUUAGGAGUGAUAAGUCCGGAUGGACUUUUAGCUCCACCGGUUCUACCUAUGGGCGGUGGUAUGACAAACUUGAUGCCGGAGCAACCGAUUGUACAGCCUACUGCAAAUAGCGCUGUACCCUUUGGACCUGCAACUGCAGUACCGGAGGAACACAAUGUUAAUCCAGUUUCCAUGGCACCAUUGACCCCCAAUGAUGCCGCUCAGGAGCAAUCCACCAUCCAAGAUCAGCCAGCGGUUCAACGGAAAGAUGCGAUUCUAAUUCGUCGUAGUGACGGGCGCGUAAUAACGCUGCCUCCAAUAGAAGCACCCACAACACGCGCGUCUAAACGACGGUCACAAAUUGGUGGAUCGAAUACACCGACAACGUCUCGCAAGCCUACCGAACAGCCACCGGCAACUGCGGCUGAUAGUUCUGAAACAGUCGCUGCAUCUGACACGCCCAAGCUUUCAAGACGUCAGUCCGUUGCAAAGGGUGUAAUGACUCCAUCCUCCUCUCGACCCGCUACGCCUACAGCCGCCAUGGUUGAAGCUGGUAGCUUAGUGGAGGGUAAAGGCGAACAAAAAACGACUGACGACGCAACGGCAAACAAACGAAACAGUAAAGUGCGCCAAUCGGUGGAUAGUACUCGCGUGAAACGAGUUAGCUCGUCCAAUGUGGCAAUCGCCAUAGAAGCAGCGCAGGACGAUGAUUACGAAUCAGAUGAGAGUUGGAACUCGGAAGACGAUCCAGAUCGGCUUUGGUGUAUUUGCAGACAACCUCACAACAAUCGCUUUAUGAUAUGUUGCGACUCGUGUGAGGACUGGUUCCACGGUAAAUGCGUCAACAUCACUAAAGCGAUGGGCCAACAAAUGGAGCAAGACGGCAUCGAAUGGACUUGCCCUAACUGUCUUAAAAAGAAACAAGAUCGACAGCAACCGAAGUUGAUGGCAUUUUGGCAAAAAAGUAGUGACACCGGAACCACGGAAGCAAAUGCUGAUGCGAUUCCUAAGAUCACACAUCCGGCAGCACCCACACCGUCAACGGCUAGCGAUGUGACGAAUUGUGUAGUUUGUACUAAACGUGCUAAACCUAGCUCGAUUUACUGUAGCGAUGAAUGCAUUCGUAAACACGCUUCUAGUACCAUUGUGAACGCGCAGUCAUCUAAGGUGGACAAAUCCAAGGACCGUCCUCCUGUCGCUUCUUCCCCUGCCACGGCAUCGGUUGGCAAUACAGAUUCAACAAAUGAAAGUCACAUUGUAAUAGUAAUGGAGCGAAAAACUGGUCGUUGCUUAACAGGAAGAAAUGCACCUUCAUUAGAUAAACUCAAAAGCUGGCUUCAAGCGCAUCCAACAUUCGAGCUUGUGCCACCCGGUUCGGCUCAAGCGUCGAUUAUUCUUGCCAAACAGGCUGAAGUUCGGAAGCAGCAACUCGCUAAAGAAGCGGCGGAAAAGAAACCUUCCUCUUCCGUUAAUGCUACAAUUACAUCUUCCAGCGGCGUUGGUGGAUCGUCUCCCAAGGUUCAAACUCAGCUUAAAUUUAACGAACAGAAAAAGAUGGUUCUAUCCACAUCUGCCUCGGGCUCGCCGCAACCGGGUGUAAAGUCGCAAAAUUCUCCGAAAAUUCUCCCGACAACAAGCAGCAAGCAAAUUCAGCAAAAAUCUAGCUCGUCUACUCCUAGCGCCUCUACUCCCGUUGUGCCAGUGAAGGGAACUGCAACGCCUGUGGCCAAAACUGCAUCGAAUGUUGCAAAUCCACCGAAAUCGAAUACAAACAGCAGCGUCCCGAUCUCACCGAGCAGUACACCGAUCAGCAAAAAACAACAAAAACCAAUUCAUACACCUUCGCCUUCAUCGUCCACCGCAUCAGAUCAAACAAAACAGUUCAAAGGAUCAAAAUCAUCUACUACUCCUGCUGGUGAAAACAUUCGUGUGACUGUCAAGAAAACAUUGAAGGAGCACCUUAUGCAACGUACCGCUGAACUGCUAGAAGAUAGUACGAUUAUGCGACUCACGGAAGAAGAAAUUGAUCGCUUCGUAGACGACACCGAACGGGAAAUGUUUAUCCUGUUCAACAAGGACACUGGAAUGAAGUAUCGAGCCAAGUACCGAUCAUUGGUGUUUAACAUAAAAGAUCGCAAGAACUUAUCACUGUUCCAAAAAAUAUCCGAGAAAUUAAUUGAACCAAAGCAAUUGGUUCGUAUGACCGCCGACGAAUUGGCCAGUCAAGAACUGGCGCAAUGGCGCGAGAAAGAAGCUAAACAUCAGUUAGAAAUGAUAAAGAAAUCGGAAUUAGAUUUGCUUGCCUGUGCGAAGAAUUACGUUCUGAAGACGCAUAAGGGCGAAGAAGUGAUCGAAGGAAAAACGGAUGAUCGUGUUCAGUUGGACCCUUCGGCGCCUGUUGAGGAUGUAGUUCUUCUGCUAAACAAUUCGGCUGUUAGCAGUACGAGUGAGAUGGAUGAUUCAUCUACUGGUUUGCUGGAAGGCUCGCAUCGGUCGAAAGAGUACGAAUAUGGCGGCGUGUAUGGUAAAACGUACUCUGGUCUAUACGGCAUGGGAUCAAUAUCCAGCAGCAGUGGUGUAACAACACUCAGCAGCGGAAAGCUUGAUAGUCACGGUUCCGGUGGUGCAGGUUCAUCAUCAUCUUCGUUACGCAAAAAAGAAUCUCGCCGAAGUAGUCGCAGUCGCAGUCGCAGCCGUGGAAGAAAACACGAACGCGAUCGCUCGCGGGAUCGCAGCCGCUCCAAGCACAAACGAAAACGCAGCCGUGAACGUAGCCAUGAAAGGCAUUCCAGUCGAGACAGGGACCGCGAGAAAGAACGCGAUCGUGACAAAGAACGGGAUCGUGAUCGUGAUCGGGAACGCGAUCGAGACCGCGAACGGGAUCGUGAUCGUGAUCGUCAUCAUAAAGGACGCGAACGUAGCAAAGAUCGCCCUAAACAUGAAAGGAAGAGCUCACGCGAGAAGGAAGCAUCAUUGAAAAGUUCUUCGGAGAAACGAAGAACGUCGACUGCUAGUCGUGGUGCCGAAACUUCAUCUGAUCCGAACACGACAACAGAUGGUAAAACUAUUGAAGCGCAAAGCAAAACUACUACAGGGUCGACGAAAAAACGAACAGAAGAACUAACGAAAGACACAACUAAACAACCAUCCGCGAUAGAAACGCUUAGUGACAAGGGAGUUGAGAAAACGGAAACAAACAAGACAGACACAGAUGAUUUGGGUGAGGUUGUUGUGUCGGAAAAACAUCAAUCGACUGUGGAAAAAAAUGCCGAGGCUUCUAACAGUUCAGCCGUAGCAGUAGAAAGCACGGUUAAAGACUCGAAGUCCGAGCAGGACCAAGAACCGACAAGCACAGUUACAAUUCCAACACCCCCGCACUAUCCAUAUGAAGGAGAAUCCCUGGAGGAACCGGAAAGCAGCGACCCCGUUGAUCAACAAAAACUAGAAGCAGAAAAGAACUACUGGACGGGUAGCGUACACAUGAUCGAUGUUGCGAGCAUCGAAAUGUCAAUACGCGCUGUUAGCGGAGAAAUACACGAUGUAGUGAAAGACUUCACAGUGGAUCUGAAUAUUUGCGGAACUAUUAAACCAGAGAUUGUUUGGGAAUACAUUGGGCAGAUAAAGAAGAGUCCCAAUAAAGAGGUCUGUUUGGUGCGUUUCCAUUCGCCGGAAGCAAGCGCAUAUUACACACUGUACAAACAUCUUCACUCUCGCAAACGGUACAGUGUAGUGAAGUCACCGUCGGCUUCUAUUAAGGACUUUUACAUUUUUCCAUUGCCGGCGGAUCAAAUGAUACCGAUGAUUUUAAAACCUCUUAGGGGUAUUGGUAUCAUUGAAGGUGAUAAUAAACCAAACCUUUUGCUAGGUAUACUGGUAAAGAUCAAGGGAGGCAAACGACCAGCAGCUUCGAAUUCUUCCGUUACGUCAGCUCCAUCAAAGGUCGUACGGCACCAGCCGAAAAGUUCGAUCAGUAGUGCAAGUGGAAAGUCCAGCACAAGCUCAUCGACGUCCAGUAAAUCUUCUUUGAUGCAGCAAGUUAUUACAAAGUACACUUCCAAGGAACCAGCCAAUGAAGCGCCAGCAAAACCGGACGUGGACUUGAAGCAUGACACAGCGACAGUGCGAUCUGAAUCGGCUACUAGCUUAGAAUCGAAUAAAUUGAGCACCCCUGAUACUCCGGCCAAUGAUCCGAUGGAUAUGGAAGUCGAUAUGAAUAUCAUAAAAGCACCGAUCGCAGGCAAAGUCAUGACCGUAGAAGGAAACAGCAACAGUAGCACCAUUGGAUCGAGCCGUGCACCGGAAUCUAGCGCCAUGCUGAUAGAUGACGACGACGAUGAACCGUACUCUCCUGGAGGUGGGAGCGAUGAUAGUAAUUUCGCCGAUGUGACCGCUAUCGUCGAUACGUCAAAGGUGGCACGUACUUCAACCUCCGAACACGGGGUUGAUAUAGAAGAAGAGCGAAUACGCAUCGCCAUGGAUGAACUGAACAGGAAAAUUGCAGAACAAAAGAACGAAAUCGUUGGUCUGAUCAGCAUGGCCGAACUUAAGGAGGACGAAAUUAAUUCCGCCUUACCGCCGUCACUGAUCAACGAAAUACCCAUACCUCCCAACCUAUCACAAAUUCUGGCCAGUAUUAAGGGAGGCAGUAAUACAGCAGCAGGUGUUGCAAGUGUGCCGUCCGUAGAAAACGUCGGCGAAGUUUCUUCUGGGCCAUCUUUCGGCUCACUAGCGGCAGAACCCGUAACGGCUGUCACGAACCGAACUUCCGAAGCGAAUGCAGACGAGGAGGAGGAGGAAUACAACCCGACGACACCUUCCCUGUACUGUGGAUACAAAGCUGCACCAUCUAUUCCUUACUCUGCCAUACCAGUUGCCAACAGUCAAGGUGAUAUAGAUGAACGCAUUCUCCCUGCAACGCUGCUGCCAGCGACGGUGGCGGUACCAAAUGCUGCGUCGUUUGAUCCUGUCACUUCCCUUACUGCUGCUGGAGAAGUGCUGGCUAACCUAGCCGGCAGCUUGCCUUCGGUUAGUAACGUUUGUCAGCCUGCGAGCGGUUCUGAAGGCGAAAGCCGGUUGGCGAAAUUGUCAGAAGCGGAGUUACUAAGCAUGGUACCGGACGAUGCGGUAUUGCCAGAUUCUUCGUCGAAGGAUUCCUAAACAAGAGUUUGUAUCUACUUUCAUAUAAGUACGAAAGUAAUGUUUAAACAGCGUUCUAUGCGUAAACCAUUAAGGUUUGUAUGCAUAGAUGUUUUUGUGAUACGUUGUUUAGAAAGUAAAAAAAACGUAAAGUAGUAGUGAUGAUGAUACGUGAAAUUAUCAGCUCUACACAAGUGACAUAUAAGAUAAUGCUUUAAGAUCAAUACACCACAUUGUAAGCCGUUCCGAACGCAAAUGUCUUUGAAACAGAUCCAAACUUUUACGCAGUGAAACCUAUUUUCUGCAUUCCUGCAUUGAGCACUCUUCGAUAUUGAUUAUAAUAACAGUACAUAUUUGAUAGUGUUUCAACUGUGGGCACAAAGGCAAUAUAAAUGGAAAACUAGUAACUGCAAUUGUAUUUCAGUCUUUCGAUACUUCUUGUCGAAUCAAUUUUCAUAACACAAAUUAGCAUCAAAUUGGAAGAUCGAAUGGGUAGCUCCUUUGACUGUAGUAUUACAUUUUGGAUGAUGUGUUCUAUCGUAACAAAGCUAUUGUGUAUAAUUGCAAUACAUAAAUGAAUGUAAAAAACUGUUUGCAAAUACUGCUUGAAUUUUAAGUACAUUAGCUUUCGACACCUGAAUUUUAAUUUUCAAGUUUUGUAAUAUAUAAGCCUAGUACUAUAGAGUAGUAAUUUCCGAAACACGAACAACCACCAUUUUGGAAAUGUGAUGAAGCUGGGAAAAAAUAUGCAUUUAUCUGUUCGUGUAUUAUUUUAAGGCGAAGUUACAGCAGCAGCAUAACCUAACACUAGGCAAGUAAAAUAUUCUUCUUGAUGGACCCCUGCAUAAUUCAAACGGAUAGUGACUAUUCAUUGCAUGACGAUAGAAGUGAAAUAUUUUAGCUCCUGGAGGCUUCCGUGUUUCUUUUAUAAUAGUCCUUACAAUUGAUGAAAUAAACAUGAUUAAGAAUA